AUGAUCUGGCCGUGGCAGCCUAGUGGGGAUGCUGCAGCAGCGGCUGCUCGAGCUGCUGCAGCACCCCCCGUAGGGUCACCUGCAGCAGCAGAUGCUCGGGCACCAGCAGCAGCAACGCAAGCAGCAGCAAGAGCAAAAGCAGCAGCAGCAGAUUGGCAGGAUACAGAGUCUUCUUGGUCUGCAGUGUGGCCCGCAUUGUUCGGCACUGCCGCGUCAUCGUCUGCUGCAAACAGCGAAACAACAGCAGCAGCGCCCGCUGCUGCUGCUGCUGCCGCUGCUGGAGCAGAAGCAGACUCCCCAUCAGAAGCUGUGAGAGAGCUAAACUUGAACUGGGAUACCCUCACUGACGCUGAGGCUUGUGCUGCACUGCUGCUGCAGACGACAAGCCGCUGCAUGGAGUCGCUGCUCGCCUCUUGCUGCAUGCGAAAGAGGCGAGGGGUCUUUCCUUUCCUAGAGAGGGGCACCAGCAGCAGCAGCAGCAGCAGCAGCAGCAUGGCGCAGGAAUGA